GCAGAGCGGUGGCAGCGGCCAGUCAGUGGCCGAGGAGCGUCGAUGCUACUCGCACUUCCGAACUGCGGCGUCGCGUAUACAGUACACACUACGACACGAAGAAAAAAAGGGCCGCCGCGCCGAUUUGCCCGCCAUUUUGAAGCGCCUUCUGCGACGAGCUCGUCGCGGGUGGCGCCCAGCGAACUAAUUGCGCCGGCUACGAGGACGUGCUGACUCCCGGGCUGCGGUUUGAGGUUAUCGCCGAGAGAACAGCCUACCCCAGGAUUAGCGAAUCAUGGAAGCCAUGGACUGCGAUGGAGAUGUCGUAGAUUUGAGCGUCAGCAGCAGCAACAGAAGAGAACCCACGCCAGUACCAAUCAAUUCAAUCAACAACACAGAACCAGCCCUAGAUUUGGGUGUUAAUUACUCCUCUAGUCCCAGCGCGGAUAAUAUGCCCGAGCCACGAGAUAUAAGGAACUCCUCCAGAGGUAUUCUGGCUCCAAAAUCUGGAGAUGACCGUAGGCCCAGACGCAGUCUCAGACCUAGGACAGAGAGGAGUUAUGCUGAGAGCCCAGAUGAGCCAAGGAUGAAUGGCUAUCUUAACGGCAAUGCAUCUGACAGCGAUGAUGAAGCUGAGUUGCCUCCAAUGCUACCAAUUAAAGAGCUGUCUUCCGAAGAACUUGCAGAGCGAGAAAGAACUCUGAGGAAGCUCAGGGAAGAUUUAAGGUCAGAGGAGAUGAAAUUGGUGCUGCUUAAGAAGUUAAGGCAAUCACAGCAAUUGAAAGAAAACAUUCAAGCUGUGCCAAAAAUAUCUGGCAAAUUACCACCUCCGGUUACUUGUCAACCAGUGACAAGCCAUAGUCAUAGAACUGGUAAAGCACCACCACCACUGCUGAGAGGCCAGCCUGCUCCAAGUAGGAGUAGUAGUGUUCAUGCACCACCACCAGGUAUGCUGUUGCCUCCAACAUCUGGAAGGAAUGCAAUGUCUUCGACUGGUAUGCCACCUCACAUGGUCAUACCACAACCACCUCAUCCACGAGUUAGAGGUUCGUCUGGAACACCUGGUUAUCAUGCUCCGUCUGACCGAACUGAAAGAUCCACGAAAGAUCCCACACCAACGCCCGCGCAUCAAGUGUCGUCCAAGCUUGUUGGACCUCAAGAAAACAAGUCUGGCACGCCUCUAAGCACAACUGUGAUUCCUGAUCAGGAUCGCACGCGAGAUGAUGCGCAAACUCCGGCACAACGCCAAGCGGCAGCCAAGCAAGCACUCCGAAAACAAUUGGAAAAAACUCUAUUACAAAUACCUCCUCCCAAACCUCCACCCCCCGAAAUGCAUUUUGUACCAAACCCAUCGAAUCCAGAAUUCAUAUACCUUGUUGGACUAGAACACGUUGUGGAUUUCAUAACGAAGGAACCAGCGCUUCCUCCACCGCCCGAACCGUUUGAGUGCAUUCAGUGCAAGACAGACUUCACUCCAGUUUGGAAAUGGGAGAAGCCCACAAGUAACAAGAAAGAUGGCUCACAGAGUCAACACGCUACUUUCCAGCGACCAAACGGUCGGGAUCCUAGAGUUAUCUGUGAACACUGCGUUACGACCAACGUCAAGAAGGCACUCAAGGCGGAACACACGAACCGGCUAAAAACAGCAUUUGUAAAAGCAUUGAAGCAGGAGAAGGAGAUAGAUGAGCGAUUAGCACAGGCGGCCUGUCCAAGUCCAGAUCCACCCGUGGCAAAAUCUGUUCCUAAAGCGUCAACCCCUACGAGAAGGGUGACUUCCUCGCCAUCUCCCGCACCACAGCAAAUUCAAGUACCGCCUGCGGCGCCUACUCCUCCUACUUCUAAACAAUACCAAGACAAUACGCUGCUUAAACUCAUCGAAAGCGGCAAAUUUCCACAUCCGGCAGCAAUGGCUUUGCAGCAACAAAUGAUUCGAGAGAUGGCAAAAUCGAAUCCGGUAGCAGCCAAUCUGUCGGCACACCAACCACUGCCAGCGCACAUGCUUAGUCCAGCAUUUAAUCCAGCGUUGUUGUACUCGUAUCAGUUGGCAAUGGUUCAGGCCGCUGGCGGCAAAAAUAUACCGGGUCUGGAUCAGUUUCAGCGUCAAGCCGCGGAAAACCUUCAACGUCAGUAUUUACUUGACAUGAUCCCAUCACAGGCACAAGGCAGUCAAGCUCCACCGCGAGCUCACCCGCACAACAAUUGGAAGACGUAACCAGGCGCUUACUAGUCGCGAAUCGAGACGUCGCACGGGUUUUGAUGGCAUGGUGACGAAGGCCAAAUCCGGGGCUACUGCUGCUACCUCUCUCAAUCGAAGAUGUGUGCGCGACGCUCUAUAAAAAAGUGCUUCUUCUUUUUAAACGGAUUACGCGGGAAUAUUAAACGUUUAGUGUAUUUUAAUUUUAAACGAAGAAACACGCUGCUCAAAAUAAAGAGCGGAACUUUAUUUAAGCGAAACAGCGUCGUUUCAAUACGAUAUUUUGUGUAAAAAAACUGCUGAUCAUAAGCCGACAAUGCUUUGCCGGUUUUCAUUCAUUAAGACGGUAAGCAAGUGAGAGAAGCGAGUGCAUAAUGCGUGAUAUUAUGAGUGUAUUUGGAUAUCUCAGUAAUUAAUAAAAUCGCAGUAAAACGUUUAUAUGUUAGGAAAUUAGUAGAUGUAACAUAAUGAUUGUCGAUUGAACGGUUGUCAAUCUGUUUGAACAAUAACACUAGUAAUCGCGUCGGACUAACAAUGACAGUUAAUAAAUUAGUUUAUGAAAAUGUUUCAUCUUUAAGCUAUUAUUAGGUUUAAAUAAGUCGAUUUUUUUGUUGAUGCUAAUUUUAAGGCGUCUAGUGACGGUACCUGUACUCCGCAUACUAUCUACAUAUACUUUUAACUUUCUCCGAAUUCUCGACAUUUCUUCGGUAAGACUACUAAAGAAUGGCAGAUGGUUGUAGUAAAUAGUUAAAUUCUAUUCAUACAAAUCUGGAGGAAGUGUUAUUUUGUGGCGUAGUAACACAAUGUUUGUGUGUUCGUAUGAAAUCAAUUUUUUUUUGUGUUGAGCAGAGCACUAACGCAUGACGCAUACUUUUUUUUAUGUAAUGCGGAAUUCUUGUAUGAAAUUCAUAUUGAAACAUCACAUGAGUGCGUUUUUGAGAGAUGUAAGUGCUUGCAGUUGAAAACCGCGUUAAAGCAGUUGCUAAAGUCAAAUUGUUGCGACACCUUUGAACGUCGACGUGAUGUAAGCAUAGUACUGAUUUUCUUUUUAUUUCAAUGAUAUUUUUGUCGUGAGUGUAGCUCUUGUAAAGAAAGACAAAAAGUCUCAUUUUUUAAUUCUUUGAAGUUUGUUAAAUCGAUCCUCCUAUUAAGCAAUUUUCUAUAAUAUAACAAAAAUUUAUUAACACAAAAAAUAAUAAUAAUAACAAAUAUUCUCGACUGGCUGUGUCUAAGCGCAUUUCCUCGCCCUUCGCCGUUUGUGUCUCAUUCAUAAAGUAAUAAGAGCAAGUAUAUAGUCUUGACAUCUUUUC